AUGAAUCCCGAUCGACGAAACGGCCGACCCAACUCGCCCGGCGAGUCCUCCAGCAGCGGCCGCCGUGGUGCGUCCGAUGACUUCGUCCCGCGCCGGAAUGCUGGACCUGGAUACAUGACGGUCGGCGGCGGGAGCACCACGAGCGAUGCCGCCGCCCGCCUCGUCUCGAUGCUGGACGAGGACUCUGGCUACGGCGGAAGUAUGCAAGACGGCGAGGGCAGCGGGAUGAAUUGGCGGUCUAACAUUGGCGAAGACAGGCCAUCACCCAUGUUGUCUGCCGGGUCAGGGAACGCCGAACACGAACGACAGCGCAGCCAUGUCCUCCAACUGCGCUACAACCAGAACAAGAACGCCCUCGGCCGGGCAAUUGCUGGCACCAUCGAGACGCUCAAGAGUUUCCAAGAGAUGAACCUGAAAUGGCCGGCCCACUACCCCUCGGUCCAGGUGGCUGAAAAGCAAAAAGCACAUCUGCGCAACGAAUCACGGCCCGGCCUGGCGCACACGCAGUCUGCCAUGGGCAACUUCGACCCCGACAUGCGCUCCCCCGAACGACCGCGAGGACCCCGCCGAGCGGGCACGACAAUUGGAGAUGACUUCGGCGCCGAAUCGAGCUCAGCCGCCGAACAGAAACGCAAGGAGGAGCCCAGACUGGUUACGCCACAGCUGGCCCACGACUUCUCCGUCCUGAAGUUGGAACUGCGCAUGGGAGGCCGGAACCAAACAGACCUGGUACACUCGCUCGAGAAGAACUCUGUUGCCUCUCUCCUUGACGGACAGAUCCAACAGAGCAUACGCCACCUCUUCUCUCUCAAAGAACGUAUCGAGGACACAUCGAGCAAGGUCCUGGUUACCGGAGAUCUCAACGCCGGAAAGUCGACCUUCUGCAACGCCCUUCUCCGACGCAAGGUCCUUCCCGAAGAUCAACAGCCCUGCACAAGCAUAUUCUGCGAGGUUCUUGACUUCAGAGAGAAUGGCGGAGUCGAAGAAGUCCAUGCGAUUCCCAUCGGCUCGACAUACAACCGCAACGACGAGAGCACCUAUGUUGUAUUCGACUUGAAGGACCUUGAGAAGAUCGUCAUCGACAACGACCACUUCUCACAAUGCAAGAUAUACGUCAAGGACAUUCGGGACGUAGAUGAAUCUCUUCUCAACAACGGAGUCGUCGACAUCGCUCUCAUUGACGCCCCAGGUCUGAACGCCGACUCUCUGAAGACAACCGCCGUUUUCGCUCGCCAAGAAGAGAUUGAUGUGGUCGUCUUCGUCGUCUCUGCAGCAAACCACUUCACCGAGUCCGCCAAGAACUUCAUCUUCACCGCAGCGCGAGAGAAGGCAUACAUGUUCAUGGUGGUAAACGGCUUCGACACCAUCCGCGAUCAGAACCGUUGCCAAGAAAUGAUUCUGAAGCAGGUCGCUAAUCUCAGUCCCGCCACGUUCAAGGAGUCUAGCGAACUAGUACACUUUGUCUCCAGUAACGCCAUUCCCAUGGGUGGUGGAGGGAGCCCCCCAGAUGACGGCGGCGACGAUGACCCUUCUGACAAGGGAAAGGGCAAGGAAGCAGAGAAGCAACGCGACUUUGCUGACCUUGAGGCCUCGUUGCGACGUUUCGUAUUGGAAAAGAGGGCACGAUCCAAGCUGGCACCCGCGAAGACCUAUCUCCUCAACGUGCUGGGAGACAUGAACAACCUUGCCACUGUCAACCGAGAUGUGUCCCAAAGCGAACUGGACCGUGUCACCAAGGAGAUCCAGGCGCUCGAGCCCGAGUUUGAAGAGUCAAAGAAGUCACGGACGGAAGCCGGAGAGGCAGUAGAUCGUAUGGUCGAAGACACAACAUCAGACGUCUAUGGCCACACCCGGGACACGCUCAACAACUCUAUCGCUAGGGUGGCAGAGCAGGAUCUUGGCAUCGAAUACCCUGGCCUCUUCUCAGCUUACCAGUACGCCGAGGAUAUCAGAGACUCCAUGCUCCACGAAAUCACCGAAGCGGUUCGCUUGUGCGAAGAACAUGCACGAACCCAAGCGGUACAAGGCUACAACGGCAUCAAGAACUUGGGUGUUUUACAUCUUGGUAACAACCUGUAUGCCGAUGUCAUGUUCCGCCCAGAGAGGAUGUUUAGGAAGUCAGUGCACGCUCUCGCCCGCCAGGUGGACAUCGACAUAGAUCUAUGGGACUUUUUCGAUGUUGCCAGUCUAUGGGAACGACAAGAAAAGGCUGCCGGUGCUGGUAUGGCCAUGACUGUUGCCGGUGUAGUCGGCGGCAGGUUAGUCGGCGGCGUCGGCUGGCUAGACGGUGCCCUUGGUGCUGCAAAGGUCAUGGGUACGAGCAACAUGAGGAGACUGAUCAUUCCCGGUCUCAUCGCUGGUGUUGCUCUCGGAGUAUCAUACGUCUUGGCUUCCGUACCUAAAUCGCUACCUCAUCGUCUUAGCGCAAAGCUUUCCCAACAACUCUCAGCGAUCGACUAUACACACUCCAACGCCCUUCGCAUCAGCUCAGAGGUUCGCCGCGCACUCAAGGGCCCUGCUAACGAUGUCCGCAUCGGUCUGCAGAGGAACGUCGAGAAGCUCCAGCUGCAGAAGGAGGAGACAACCAAGCUUAAGGCAGAAACCGAAAUCGCUCGCAAGUACUUUGGCAACCUCGUGCGCAGCAGCAACGACCUACGCCAGACGGUCCAACGCGUUGAUUUGGAGGCUGCGCCACCAGCGAUCAGCAGCCCGAUGCAAAGAGACCCCCGAUCUUUUCUCUUCUUCAUAAUCCUGCUGCUGCUCAUCAACUCGCCCGAACCGCAACAGCCGACGUUCAAUGCGCGCACCCGCUACCGAGAGCUCGUCGAGCGCGAAUACUACCAACUCGAUAUCCUGAAUCGGACGCGAUACGGCGAUUUCAAUCCGAAGAAAGACAAGUGGCUGAACGUCACUGGGCUGAGGGAUGAAGAUGGCUUCGCAUGGGACUUGCUGGACCCUGUGAAGCAGAAAGCGAAGGCGCAGUCUGAGCGACUACUGGGAGAUGUGUGGAAGGGCAUGCUGGAUGGACCGCUGCAGGAGGGAGAGGCUGGUGUGCCGGUGUACAAGAACCUGUCUGGAUACGUACAGGGAGAAUGGACGCGCUCGCCGCUCAGUCGCAUACGGCAUCCCAGCGAUAUGGGUAACGCAUCGGCCACCCCCGAUAAUCCCUUUGGAAACCUGGUGGAAUACGAUAGGAACCUGACUGGUGCAGGUGGACCAUUGCGGAUACACGUCACAGAGCUAGAGGAUAGAAUGCGGAGGAAUGCGAACAAGACAAUAUCAGAGAUCAGCGCGAAAGUGGUCAUUGGAGACAAAGACAGCUUUGGAGGAAAUUGGUGGGAGUUUGUGGCGCACGGCGUUCACUUUAUGAAGAGUGGAACUGCUGUUCUGACUACUACGAGUGAUCGGUUCGCGGGCAUCUUCGCUUUGCCUCAUCUGCAGAUCACGCCUUACUUCUACUCGACCUCUCAGGAAUUCCUCAACUGGACCAUCCACGAAGCUAUAGAACGGCAGGAGAAGAGAACUUUCCCGAACUGGAACCCCUGGACAUCCGCUGCAGAGGGCAACAACGAAGGCAUGUUUCAAGGGCACCACUGCGAAUUUGUCUUGUAUCUUCAGGAGUUUCCAAGUCAAUCCAACGUCGACAUGGACUGGCUCGAGCACGAGCUUCGCUUCCCUACUGGCGCUCCCGUCCCACACGACAUCCCCCACGCCAUGUCCAUGGUGGGCUUCUCUCCAGAUUGUGGUUUCGUGAUUGAGUCAAAGGGCCCUCCAGACUUCCCGCCAUCGGAAUCCAUGCAUCUGGUCGGAUCCAAGACAGAGGACUUCAAUGUUCGCGCGAGACAUGGCAUCCUUGCUUUUGCUGUCAGUCUUGCGUUUCAGCUUUCCUUCACUCUCAAGCAGAUGAAGGAGACAGCAACGCCGUCCAUGCGGAGCCGAGUCAGCUUCUAUACCAUUGCUAUGAUGGCUCUUGGAGAUGGCUUCACGUUCUUGAUUCUCAUCUUCAUGUAUUUCUUCCUCGGUACGGCACAGUUGGCUUUGUACAGCAUCGCGUUCAUAGCGCUUUUCUCUGUGCUGACACACCUUCGCUUCUUGAUGGAUAUUUGGUCUGUACAAGCAGCAGAGAGAGCUCGUCAGGAGCGACAAAGAAGUCCUGCAACUACUACCGCAACUCCAACUCCAGCUCCUGAGCCUGCAGAUCCAACACCGCCCACUGAUGGCGGUUUGCCCUUACCGGCUACUGCCGCUCGACCGCCACGUCCACCUACUCCUAUCAUUAUUGCACCAGACCAGGACGACCCUGACGAAGACCUCACUCCGGGUCUGAACAACACGCCAACUCCAGCCGGGGCUACGACAACGAAUGCCAAUCCCCGGGCCGAGCUUGGUGCACUGUACAGUCGCUUUUGCCUUAUGCUCAUAGUCCUGUUCUUUGUAACUAUACACUUCGGGACUGCGCGCACGACCUACCGCGCGAUUUACUUCGACGUCAUCACUUUCAUCUAUCUCUCCUUUUGGGCACCGCAGAUCUACCGGAACAUCGUGCGCAACUGCCGGCGAGCUCUGCGCUGGGACUACGUUGUAGGAACCAGCGUGGCCCGCAUCGCGCCUGUCGCAUACUUCUACAUGAAAGACGACAAUGUGCUGUUUUCAAAAACAGACUGGAGAGCAAUGGGCUUCCUAGCAGGCUGGGUGUGGAUCCAAGUGGUAGUGCUGGUGAGUCAGGAAAUGCUAGGCCCACGCUUCUUCAUCAGAGACGGAUGGGCGCCCCCAGCAUACGAUUACCACCCUAUCCUACGCGAAGACGAGGAAGGCGCAACAAUGCCCCUCAACAUCACCACUUCGCCCGACUCACCCACCACAAUCGACGCCUCGGCCCCCGACGGCGAAUCCUCCAAAGCCUCGGGCGAAUCCAAAUCCAAGGGCAAAAAAGUCUUCGAUUGCAGUAUCUGCGCCAACGACAUUGAAGUCCCCGUCAUACCCGCAGGGGCUGAUGAGAGCAGUGUGGCUGGCAUGGGUGGGACGAGCAUGAUUCUGCAGAGAAGGCAGUACAUGGUGACGCCCUGUCGGCACAUAUUCCAUACUGGUUGUCUGGAAGGGUGGAUGCGAUAUCGACUCAUGUGUCCGAAUUGCAGAGAGAGCCUACCGCCGUUGUAGGCUAGAUAGCUUGAAUACAGUAAUAUUCUUCCUUUGCAUCAGCAUCAUCAGGAGAGGACUG